GAUCGCUGAGAGCGUGUCAUUUGGUUCUCUGGGAGUGAGACCCCAGGUUCCUAGUGAUGAUACCAUGUGUCUCGGAGUUGUCGGUAGGAGUCCAGAAAUUGCAGCCUUGCGUCAGCCGGCCCGAGCGCUCUGGAGGAACUUCGGUGGGAAGGCUCCCGGCUCAAAGGGUUGGCCUAGAAAACCACCAGCCUAAACCUUACACCGGGUUAGGUGAGCUCAGUGAUCAACGCUUUCCCUACGGCCCCGCCCACUCUUGUCCCGGGCCCGCCCACGUCUCAAUCAGCGCCUUAAAGCCGCUCCUGACUUCCCCGGCACCCAGAACUCGGAUCUGUUGGAAAACCUGAGGCGCCGGCCGCGCAGGGCGCGGGACGGGCCCAUUGCGCAGGCGCGCGCCGGCUCGCAGACCCUCGCCCCUCCCCCCGCGGCCAGCCCUUGGUAUGGCCGAGCGGCGGUUGGCGUCCUCCACAGCACCAGUCACGGGCGGGCUUUUCAAAUCCUGUCCUUGGCGGAGUGGCGGCAGCCUCGACUGUGGCGCUCGGGAUGGAGCCGCAGACUCUAAGGGGGCCCGAGCGCCGCACAGCGGGGCUUCCGACCCAGCAGGACUGCAGUAUUCAAGAAAAAAUAAAUUUAGAAACUCGAAUACGAGAUGGGGUAUGGAAACUCCUCUCUCUGAGCACUCAGAAAGACCAGAUUUUGCAUGCAGUUAAGAAUCUCAUGCUGUGCAAUGCUCGGAUAAUGGCUUACACGUUGGAGCUACAGAAAUUAGAAGAGCAGAUUGCAAAUCAAACUGGAAGAUGUGAUACGAAUUUUGAAAGUAAAGCACGAACAUCAUGUAAAGGAAAGAUUGCCAUAUCAGAUAUUCGUAUACCACUAAUGUGGAAAGACUCUGAUCACUUCAGCAAUAAAGAACGAUCACAGCGCUAUGCUAUUUUUUGUUUAUUCAAAAUGGGAGCUGAAGUUUUUGAUACUGACAUGGUGAUUGUGGACAAAACAAUCACAGAUAUAUGUUUUGAAAAUGUAACCAUAUUUAAUGAAGCAGGGCCAGACUUUCAGAUAAAGGUGGAAAUAUAUAGUUGCUGUACAGAAGAAUCUUCUAUAACCAACACACCAAAAAAACUAGCUAAGAAACUGAAGACAUCUAUAAGUAAAGCUACAGGGAAGAAAAUAAAUUCAGUGCUUCAAGAAGAUGAUGAAACGUGCUUGUCCUUCAGUUCUGCUAUUUUUGAUGCAAAGUAUAAUUUGCUAGCUCAUACUACCCUGAGCUUGGAAAGUGCUGAGGAUAGCUUCAGGACCCAUAAUCUGUCUAUUAAUGGAAAUGAAGAGUCAUCAUUCUGGCUGCCCUUAUAUGGUAACAUGUGCUGCCGAUUAGUUGCCCAACCAGCUUGUAUGGUGGAGGAUGUGUUUGCAGGAUUUCUUAAUCAGCAGCAAGUGUUAGAAGGUCUGAUUAGCUGGAGAAGGCUGUAUUGUGUUUUAAGAGGGGGUAAACUCUCUUGUUUUUAUACUCCAGAAGAAAUUGAAGCUAAAGUGGAACCAGCUUUGGUAGUAUCCAUUAACAAGGAAACCAGAAUUCGGGCAAUGGAUAAGGAUAAAAAGAAAACAAUCCAUAAUUUCUCUGUCAUCAACCCUGUUGCUGGACAGGCUAUAACUCAUAUUUUUGCAGCUGAAAACAGAGAAGAUCUUCAGAAGUGGAUGGAAGCCUUCUGGCAGCAUUUCUUUGAUCUUAGCCAAUGGAAGCAUUGUUGUGAAGAACUUAUGAAAAUUGAGAUUAUGUCACCACGGAAACCACCUUUGUUCUUGACAAAAGAGGCGACCUCAGUCUACCAUGAUAUGAGCAUUGAUUCACCUAUAAAAUUUAAAAGUUUAACUGAUUUAAUACAAAAAAAAAUUGAAGAAACGAAUGGAGAAUUCCUUAUUGGUCAGCAUAAAGAAUCCUCACCACCUCCUUGGGCCACAUUCUUUGAUGGUAAUCAUCAAGUUGUCCAGAAAAAGGUAUUAUCUCCUGGAAGCAAGCAGUUACAUGAUGGGAAAGGGAAAAAGAGACGAGCUCCCCUUCCUCCUUCUGAUAAAGCUCCAUUCACCUUAAAAACACAGAACAACACUGAUCAGUUGAUUAAGGACAACUGGGAAAAAACAGGUAUAUCUCAGACCUCUCCUUUGGAUACCAGAUUAUCAACCUUAAUGCAUCACUUACAGAAACCAAUGGCUGCUCCUCGAAAACAUCUUCCUGCCAGGAAAAAUAGUUUAACUGAUGGUGAACAUGCAGACACUAAACCUAAUUUUGAAGCCAAGCCAGUGCCAGCACCAAGGCAGAAAUCUAUCAAAGACAUUUUGGACCCUAGAUCAUGGUUGCAGGCACAAGUAUAGAAAACCCAUAAUGUAUAAAACAUUUAACAAAAUCUGUAGCUAUGAAGCUUAAUUCAGAAGCAUUCUAGAUGUAGUAAUAUGUAAUUAUGUAGGCAAAUAUGAUAGUGAUUUACAUCAAUAACUAAUAAGCUGUUAGGUGUGAAAAAUGUUUUAUAAUGAAGAAAUGGAUUUCUCUUUUACUUCUGACUCUCAGAGUAUAAGUGAUUUCUCCAGCAGAGUGCAAGAGGCAGUUUCUAGACAAUAUCCCGAUUGUUGGAAGGGUUAAUUUAUUCCUAAAUUAGUACCAGCCAGUGAACAAGCACUAGGCAGAAGAAAGCAUUAAAAUUUCUUUGGGGAGAGACUGUCUAGUAAUUUAAAAUGUGUUAAAUAAGAGCCAUAUUCUCAUUGUGAGAAUUUUAAUACUAAUGGAAUGUUUAAAAGUUUUAUUCAAACCACAAAUUAUAGAAUCCACCCAAGAAAAUGUCUUCUUAGCAUUCUGGAAUUCUCAUCUAAUGGUCCACUGGCUCUCAUCUAUUGUUUAACUCACUAGUUAACUCAGUGACCUUUCAAAUUCCUGGGGUAAAUUUUGGAAUAUCAAAUUCCUUGUUUUUAAAGGGAAUGUGUAAUGUGCUAUUCAAAGUUGUUUCCUUGAUGAGCCCUGAAAUCCUGUUGACAUUAACUUUUGUAAGUAAAGCAUAAUAUUUCUUAGUUUAGGGAACGGAUAGAUGAAGUGUUCCUUACUUCCACUUUUCUAUGCAUGGUACUAAUUUCCAUUGUGACAUUGGCAUUUGGGGAAGUGAGUAGCUGAUUAACACCUUAAAAUUCAUUUAAUACUUAUUUAAAAAGCAGAUGGCUGAUUCAAAAAUAUAUCAGAAAAGUUGGCCAUUAUAAUAAUCUUCAGAAUUAAUCCUUCUAAAAAAUUUUAAUUAAAUUUCCUUUUCUGGUAAGGGUUCAUGUCUGCUAUUGAUAUUCGCCAUUAAAAAUCAUAUUCUUACAAUAAUGACAUUGGAAUCAUUUCCAUAGGAGGUAAUUUCCAUAGCAACUAAUCAUAGUGACCCAAACAGAAUAAUGAAAUCAAAUGAGGAUUAAAUAGCAAGAGGAUGAAUACUUUGAAGGAACAAAAAAUCCAUUUUUAAAAUAAUUACGCUUCUUACAAACAAGAACUGGAUAGUUUUAAAAAUCUAAUCAGAAUUUCCCGGUAAAAUAAAACAAUUUCCAUAAGGUGUCAGCAACAGCACUAAAAAUCUCAAAUCACACUGAACGCUAAAUGUCAUUGCAAGAAAUAAAAAUACAAGAAUUAAAUUACCACCCUGUGUAUAAUCUCUAGAGAUCUUUUUAAAGCUCAUAAGAAUACUAUUUAGAUCAGAACUGCAUUAUUACAAAGUAAAAUGAACACUUGACAAAAAAUAACAUUAAUUUAAAUGGAGCCUUUCAUUAUUUUUAGAUAGCAGAGUCUUUAUUCGUUUAUAUAGAAUGAUGUAACUGCCAGGUUACUUUUGUGUUUGCCUAGGACUCCUAGUAAGAAUUGGGACUGAAGGGAGUAAUGAUACAAAAGGUCUCUUGUGACUGGCGACACCAGGAUAGAUAUAGCAUUUGAUGAGGAGGAAAUCCUAUGUGCUUGCCUGAUAGAAUUUAGAGACAAUCAAGUGUAUGAAAACCUAAAAAGGUAGGAUUAAUUUGCUUUUUCUAACUAGAAAGCUCUCGUAAAUCUCUUUUGUGAUUGCCAGUUCAGUAAAUGAUGUAUUAAAAACCUAAAGGAUAUUAUUGUUUGAAUUGUUUAUUUUUUAAACCUUCCUGCUGUUUUUGACAGCAUUUUUGACUGUCAGUGUCACUCAGUUAUUGAGCUAGAAGAUGCUGCAGGCAAAAUUGUUUCUGAAAACUGGCAUCUAAGCAUUCUUUAUUUUUUUUAAGUUGAAUCCUUCCUUAUAACAAACCAGUGUUAAAACUUCCUAGUUAUGCUCUUGUCAUUUCUCCUCAUGCAUAUUAUAUCAAGAAGGAUUUAAGUUGUACAGAAAAGAGAAUUUGUUCUUAGAGAAAUUACUUAGCAGUUGGGCACUUUGACACAGGCUGAAGCCCUUCUUCCUAGAACCAUUUAGGUGAAGCCUGAAGAAGAACCUCCCCCCCCCCCAGAUUAUUCAGGCUGUUUGUAGGGGCCCAUCUUACUGUAUGUUACAAAGCCUUUGAAAUCGGGCUCAAGUCUUCAGCUGUAGUUCCUUUGACUUUGUGCUCAUUAAAUGUUAGUUCGCUUUGCCCCAAAAGGUAUAAUACAAAGUUGAGCCUCCCUCCAUCCCUCCUUUCCUUCCUUACACAGUAAAAAAAAAAAAAAAAAAUCUGAAAAUACAACACUUUGUCAAGGAGUUGGUCAAAAGAAGAAUUUGUUCUCUCAUUUCCUAAACCGGAAGUUUAUGACAGAGGAAACUAUGCCAUGUAAUAAAAGACAUUUCAACUUUUUAUGAGCUGGCUUUUCACAUUUCUUGUUUGUCCUUUUAAUUUGUUUCUUGAUACAUGAAGACUAUAAACUUGAAAAAAAAGAGUUAGCUGUCAGAUCUUGAUGAUAAUAUUAUAAUUGGGGAAACAUAAUAAAAUAGUAUUUAUGAUAUUAUAAUUCUGACAAUCUGAUAAUAAUAGCUUAGAAAAUUACUUUUGAAACUCUGGGAUAUAAAUUACUUACAGCAGCAUUAAGAUAAUAUUUUAAUUGCUACAAAGUAGUGAGCUCUUUAUUUAAACCUCUUGCAAGGACAAAGAAGGCAUUUUAUUAUAAACGUACACCUCCUAAGGUAAAACAGUCUUUCAAAACGUCAGGCGUGCCAACUCUUGGUUAGUUGCAUUAAAUCCUUCCUCCCUGUCUGCAGUGCUCCCUUACUUCUUUUAAAUGGAUGUGCAUGUAUGUGGAAAACUAAAUCUAUUUUUUAUAAAUGCCUUAUCUUUACCCUUUAGGAUCCUACUAAAUGUAUUUUACCUGAGUACUGUUUAUUAAAAUGGAGGCUGCCUUGAUUUAAAGACAGUUCAUGUAAGAUAGGCUAAGCAGUCAAGUAUUUCUUUAGGCUUAUGUUCAGCACCUCAGCCACCUACAGAGAAGUUAAUUAAUUCAGUCCAAAAUGAAAUUAUAGGGCAGUUCGGUGCAAUUUAUGUUAAAUGCUAUUUGAAUGUAAUCACUUUGUUACCAUGAGUGAAGAGCAUCCGUACUCGACAGAAUACUGCACCAUGAACAAGGGAAGUGCUUUGGCAGGAAAAAUUUCUGUCCUGUUGUCAGAAUUUAUCAAAACUCAUUGUCUUUUUAAAGAGUGAAUUGAACAGUAAUUAAACUUUAGUUGAUGACCAUUUGUAUUCUCAUAGUUGUCUUCAGUGUUCUAUUGGUUUUAAACUAUAAUGAAGAUAAUAGAGUUGACUUUUUGUAUUUACAUUUCAAAGACAUUACUAUUUUUAAAUGUUUACUUGUCUCUAACUGCUUCAUUGCUAAUAAUAGUUAUAAUGAAAAUGGUUUAUUCUGGAUCACAUACUCUUAGUUAAUACUAGAAAAGGUGUUACCUUUGAAUUUUUAAAAGACAAGAUUUUAUUUGAAAAUAUGUAUGGUAGGGUGUAUUAUUUUCUGCGACAUACUUGUAUAAUUGGAAUUGUUUGUCAUUUUUAUUUUUUAAUUAAAUGUGGGUCAAGCUUCUGGAUUAAAAAGAUAUAUAUUUUUUAAGUACUAGAUAUUGGUAAGGAAGCCAAGGUCAUGUGAUUGAAACUUCUAAACGUUAAAAGAACUGAUAUAUGAAACUAUUUUCUAGGUUUUUUUUUUUUUAGGUACCCACCCUGGGCUAGACUGAUAGAAGUAAACAGUGUUGUGAAGUCAAGUUAAACAGAGAAAGACAUACCCAAUAGCUGGUGCUAAUCAUUGCAAGACUAAUAGUCAAUAGCUUGGCAUAACUAAUACUUAUUAAAAUGUUUGUAGAUAAUCCUUUUACAAU